AUGCGGCAAAUCUUCUUGAGACUUUUGUUCCCCACCAAAAUAACACAUGGAAUCAUUCAAAACAGGUUAAACCGUUCUCAAACCUAUACCAAUCUCUAUGGUGCUAUUCUAUUUUCAUUCGUUGUCUACUUACAAACGUCGAGAAAUUUUACUUCCAUGGUAUUCAUACAUCAUGCAGUAAUCCAUGAACUAGGGUCAUCUUUCAAAGCACAUGAAUUGUUAGUCAUGUUCUUUGGUAGAAUUUACUUGUCUUUUCCAUCUAUUCAGUUAAGUACGAAAUUGACAAACUCAAGGUGUGGAAAAAAGAACAGGGGUGGCUCACAUUAUUCAACCUGA